GGUGCUGUGACCGCCCGCGAUGGCCGUCUGAGUGAGUGUUUCACGGACAGAGGAGUCCCCGUCAAAACAGGAGAAAUUCAGGUUAAGUGAUGGGUGAGAUUGAAGGCUCCUACCGUGUUCUGCAGACACCUGGGAGUCGUUUAGGGGUCCAUCCUACCACUGGAGUUAGUACUCUUGAGCCUGGACAAAGUCUUUCUAACACAAUGACCACUUCAUCCCACUCUCAUGGCAAGGGACUGCAGGUCCGAGUAAUGGCAUUAGAUGACACUCAGGAGGAGUAUGACAUAGAGACAAGGACUGCAGCCCAGACAUUACUUGCUGAAGUUUUUAGACGACUCAGUGUGGUAGAGAGUGAUUAUUUUGGUUUGGAGCAUCAAACUUAUCAGAUGAAUUGGGUUUGGCUGGAGCCCACAAAACCCAUUUUGAAACAAAUUCGAAAACCGAAGAAUGUUCUUUUUCGAUUGUCUGUAAAAUUCUUCCCACCUGAUCCUGGUCAACUUCAGGAAGAAUAUACCAGGUACUUAUUUGCACUCCAGAUUAAGAGAGACUUGCUAGAAAACAAGCUGCUCUGCAGUGAUAACACCGCUGCUCUCAUUGCUUCUCACCUUUUGCAGUCUGAAAUUGGUGACUUUGAUGAGGCAACUGAUCGGGAACACCUAAAAAUCAGCAAGUUGCUUCCAAAACAGGAUCACCUUCAAGAAAAAAUCAUGGAAUUUCAUCGAAGACACCUGGGUCAGACUCCUGGAGAAUCAGAUUUCCAGGUCCUCGAAAUUGCUCGAAAACUUGAAAUGUAUGGGAUCCGUUUUCACCCUGCUGCUGACCGUGAAGGAACCAAAAUCAACUUGGCAGUUGCUCAUAUGGGACUGCUUGUAUUUCAGGGUACAACAAAAAUUAACACUUUUAAUUGGUCCAAGAUCCGGAAGCUAAGUUUUAAGAGAAAGAGAUUCCUUAUUAAGCUGCAUCCUGAGGUCCAUGGCCCCUACCAAGACACUUUGGAGUUUCUUAUGACUAGUCGUAAUCAUUGCAAAAUAUUUUGGAAAAAUUGUGUUGAGUAUCACACUUUUUUCCGUCUUCUUGACCAACCCAAGCCCAAAUCAAAAUCUAUCCUUUUCACCAGGGGAUCCUCCUUCAGAUACAGUGGAAGAACACAAAAACAGCUGGUAGAUUAUGUCAGGGAAAGUGGGGCAAGAAGGACUCCUUAUCAAAGGAGAAACAGUAAAGUCCGAUUGUCUACUAGGACUCUGGGCUCUGAAGUACCAAAACAGAGUAUGUCAUUCAGCGAAUGCCUAAGGGUUCCUGGUUCUCCAUCUUCUGCAACCAUCUCCUACCAUUCCCUGCACGCUACAAGCACAUACCCUCACCCUCAUCGGGAACAUAUCCAGUCAUCUGCCCCUUCGCAGGAAGAUCCCAAGAAGGACACUUCCCCACCCAUCCAUUCUUUCCAAGGGUUUUCGAUGGACAGCCCCCAGCUAUCACCCUUCACCCCGAAGAGCCCACUGAGCUUGUCACCUUCUAUCCAGAUGUCAACACUGAGCCUGCCAGGUCAGGCACCCUCACCCCUUCAAAGUCCCAUUCUGAGUGAGGUGGGCAGUGCCAAGCUGGAGGAGGAUGAGGAGGGCAGGAGGAAGAGGUAUCCAACUGACAAAGCCUACUUUAUAGCCAAAGAAAUACUGACCACAGAGAGAACUUACCUGAAAGAUUUGGAGGUCAUCACAGUGUGGUUUCGAAGUGCAGUAAUAAAGGAGAAUGCUAUGCCUGAAGGCUUAAUGACUUUGCUGUUUUCUAACAUUGAUCCCAUUUAUGAAUUUCAUCGUGGUUUUUUGAAGGAAAUUGACCAGAGGCUGGCUCUCUGGGAAGGGCGUUCUAAUGCUCAUGUAAAAGGAGAUUACCAAAGAAUCGGAGAUGUGAUGCUAAGAAAUAUGAAUGCUCUCAAACAGGAAUUUACAAGCUACCUUCAAAAACAUGAUGAGGUGCUGACAGAGCUGGAGAAAGCCACCAAGCGAUUGAAGAAACUGGAAACAGUAUACAAGGAAUUUGAGCUCCAGAAAGUUUGCUACCUGCCUCUCAACACCUUUCUGCUCAAACCCAUUCAGAGGCUUAUGCACUACAAACUCAUCCUCGAUAGGUUGUGCAAUCACUAUGCUCCUGAUCAUCGUGACUACAAUGACUGCAAGGAUGCCCUCAAUGUAGUGGCAGAAAUGGCCACUCAACUACAAAGCAGUCUGAUUCGCUUGGAAAAUUUUCAGAAGCUAACUGAGUUGCAGAGGGACCUUAUUGGAAUUGAGAAUCUCACUGCACCUGGAAGGGAGUUUAUCCGGGAAGGCUGUCUGUAUAAACUCACCAAGAAAGGGCUUCAGCAAAGAAUGUUCUUUCUGUUCUCAGACAUGCUGCUGUACACCAGUAAAGGGGUGACUGCAACCAAUCAGUUCAAGGUCCAUGGUCAGCUCCCUCUGCAUGGCAUGCUGGUAGAAGAAGCUGAAAAUGAAUGGUCUGUCCCUCAUUGCUUCACAAUUUAUUCAGCUCAGAGGACCAUUGUAGUUGCUGCUAGCUCAAAAGUGGAAAUGGGGAAAUGGAUUGAGGAUCUGAACAUUGCCAUUGAGAUGGUGAAAAAAUCCCAUGAAAAGUCAGAGCUGUGCUUGGACAGUUGUCCCAAAGACCGAUCAAACAGAUCAUCCGAUGAGGUUUCCCUGGAGCAAGAGUCUGAAGAUGACACCCACUCCUCACGGAGUUCACUGGACAAGCAAACUCAUCACCGUGCAAACACCACCAUGCACGUGUGCUGGCACCGCAACACCAGCGUGUCCAUGUCUGAUCACAGCCUGGCCGUCGAGAACCAACUCUCUGGAUACCUGCUGAGAAAGUUCAAAAAUAGCAAUGGCUGGCAGAAACUUUGGGUUGUGUUCACCAAUUUUUGUCUUUUUUUCUAUAAAACACAUCAAGAUGACUUUCCUUUGGCAAGUCUCCCAUUACUUGGUUACACAGUGAGCACUCCAACAGAGACGGACAGCAUUCAUAAGGAGUAUGUCUUCAAGCUGCAGUUCAAAUCUCAUGUUUACUUCUUCAGAGCUGAGAGCGAAUAUACGUUUGAAAGAUGGAUGGAGGUGAUCAAAAGUGCUGCCAGCACCACUGGGAGAGUUAGUCUUCUGAUACAGAAGGAGACCAAGGAGCAUAAUGGGAAUUGAAGAUCUCCAAGUCUUGGGGCAGGGCCUUCUGGACUAUGGAAAACUUCUCUCUGGCAGUGAAGGAACUAAUUGCAAAUACGUUGGAAACUUUUUCCACUUUUAGAGAAGUCAAAAGCUUACCGCAGUUUGCCACCCUCUCCUCAGGGUAGGAUCCCCGGUGUGAACUCUGACACAUGGCUGUAAAUAACAUUUUGGAAGGAAAUUACUUUGAUCAGCAUUUAACAGAGGGCAUUAGCUGUGGCCUCCAGGUAGAUCCUCAUUAGGCAAGCACAAAAUAUCACAUCUGAAGAUGGCCAUCAAAGCUGUUAGUCAUCCAGGUGGCAGGCAAUGCCUUGACUAGCCACCGACUAGACUUUGGUCUGCUAAAGUUGAGCAGCCAAUUUUCUAACUGGUGCUUGUCACAAGGUGUGUUGCCUCUUCUCAUUUUUCACUUGGGGUGUUUCGGUAAGGAUAGAGUUGAUUGAGGGCAUUUGUAAGUGCACAGAGGUUGGAGAAAGGUUAGGAAAAUGUCAGGUUCACUGAAUAAAGUGGUUUUGUUGUUGUAGUCUGUAUUUCUCUUAAGGCCCAGAAAUCUUAACUUGAUACUGGGACUUGUCGAUCUGAUAUGUAGAAUGGUUACUGAACAGCAUUCACAAAAAUGCUUUAGCUUUAGUUGCCAAUAUGCUGGCAUACGUGUCUCUGCUUGAGCGCAUGCAAGUAUCCGAAAAUAUGUUAAAAAACACAGAGUGAAUCGAUAUAAUAACUGUGGAAGAAAGUGCAUAAAGCAGUAGCCAGCAUCCGCUGAUUGAGUUUACUGCAAUCCCCAUCUCAAUGUCCAACUCAGAGCACCUUGACAUGUUGGCCUGUUCUACCUACCCUUCUCUGCUGAUUCAUUAAAUGUUAUUUCUCAGGUAUCUGAUAGUCUGAGCUGACGCUGUUUUUAGUAUAAUCGUAAAGGUCAUUUUUUCCAUUACACAUUUUUAAAUAUUCAUGUUAUGCCCUUUGUUUUCAUAUUCUGUUAAGCACAUCCCCCCAAAAAAUAAAAAAACCUCCUGUAAAUGUAAAGCCACGACUUUUCUAAAAUACAGCAAGUGAUCAUUUUAUCAUUAGGUAACAGAGAUGAGUGCUGCAGUUUUAUGACACAUCCAGACCAUUCCUGCUGAAAAAAAAACUAAUUGACAGCAAAAAAUGUCUUUCAACGGAACAGAAAUGUGGCCAAUCUGGGCUGAAAAUACCCGGAUUGAUGUGGCUGCAGAGAAUGAAGAGGCUGAUGGGCAGCCCUUUAAGUGGCCUAAGACAUUCCCUAAAUGCCAAGCCUUGGAUUUCUCACUACUUGUUACCCUUUGCCCAGGGGUGUCCAACUCCAGGCCUGGCGGGCCUCAGGUUUUCAUUCUAACCUUUUUCACUGCUAAUUAACUCCUUU